AUGGCGUCGAUCUCAGCGGCUCCGCCAAUCAGAAUGGGGGCAGAAGGAGCACCGAUCGACUUUCCUGUGCUCUGCCUCGGGUUCGUGGCAUGCUCGAUAACAGCAGCGCUCUCUGUCAUGCUCGUUGCCGCUGUGCCAGCUCUUCUGGCCAUCCGCAAGGCAGCACAGGCAUUAGAGCGGCUAGCAGAGGUGGCAAGGGAGGAGGUGCCAGGGACGAUGGCGGCUGUGCGGCUGUCAGGCAUGGAGAUGAGCGACCUGAGCAUGGAACUGAGUGACCUCAGGGGGCAGGUAGAGGAAGGUAGAGGGAAGUACCAGUUUGGAGGAGGCGGCGGCAGCUAG